AUGGCAAUUGCUCUACGUUAUGCUAAUAAAACUAGAAGUAUUGUUGAGCGUUUUUUAGGCAUUGUUCAUGUUAAGGAUACCACUGCUUCAUCAUUGAAAUCGGAAAUUGAUGAACUACUUUGUAAACAUGGGCUUAGUAUAUCAAGUAUCCGUGGACAAGUUGCUAUUGCUCAAGAACAUGGUGUAGUUUCCUUUUUUUUUAACUUUGUCUCCAAGUUAAUGAAUGUUGUUGGGGGAUCUUGCAAGCGAUUUGACAUGCUUCAUGAAAAACAAUGGGAACAUAUUAGAGAGGAAUUAAGCAAAGGAGAAAUUUCUAGUGGGCAAGGUCUUAAUCAAGAAACUAAUCUGGCACGCUCUGCUGAUACUCGUUGGAGUUCUCAUUAUGUCACUUUGGUUAGGAUAAUAUUGAUGUAUUUUUCUAUUAUUGAUGUUCUUGACAUUAUGAAAGAAGACAGAUACCCCCGACAGGCAAAUGUGUUGGAAUUUGCAAGUUUUUAUCCAAAUGAGUUCACUCCAUUUAAUUUAGUGAUGUUUGAUAAUGCACUAGAUUGUUACAUCGUAGAUAUGCAUACGAGUGAUGAAUUUGCCUUUUUGGAAGGACUCCAACAACUUUCGAAGAAGUUGGUUGAAAAAGGAAGACAUGUCGUGCUGCGUAACCGAAUUGGAGAUACAUGGAUGAAUGAUUGUUUAGUUACUUACAUUGAGAGUGAUGUAUUCAAUAACAUUGACUUUGAGCUUAUUGUUCAACGAUUUCAGAAUAUGAAAUCGCGUAGAGAAUAA